AUGUCAACUAUAAUCGCCAAAGAAGACGUUGAACGAGAACAAGCCGAAAGGGCGGAGUAUGUGAAAAAUAUUGGAAUUGAGUACAGAUUUGGAUGUUACGAGGUGAACUCCUAACCUAUUUUUAUUGCUUUUUCUCUCAGUUGUAGGAAAAACGACCUGAAUCAUGUCAGCUGUUAGGGGAGUAUAUGGAGGCCCUGCAGCAGAACUUUGCUUCAGCCUUGGCUAUUUUCAAAAAGAACUGCGAGGAGCGCCAGUACCCCAAAAGCUGUUUCAAGUAUGGGAUGUAUCUGCUUGCUGGAAAAGGUUUGGUCGCAAAUUGAACUGGAUGUUCAAAAAGUGAAACGAAAAAGAAGCUCAUUGGAAGAAAUAUUAUGAAGUUCUAAUGAAAAAGAUCGGUAGCUUUUUCAAAGUUUUUGAAGGGAAGAGAAUUAGUUCCGAAAAACUCGUGAAGACUGUCCACGAUACACCGUUCAAGGGAUCUUCUUCUGUCUUUCCACUCCUUCUACUUUGAACUCCACCACAGAAGUCUUGCUUCAAUUGAUAAUAACUUAUCUUCCUUGUGCACUCAAAUACGAUUCCAGAGUGCACGCCAAGUUUGAAGAAAAUGCUGGCGCCAAUGAAAAUCGCGUGCGACGCGGAUAUUCGACAAGGGUGUCGGUGAGUGGAUUAUCGGCUCAAAAAAGUUGAUUCUUGACUUUCGAGAUAUUUGUCUUUGGUGUAUUGGAAUGGCGAAAAAGAUCGACCAGCGGAGUCCGACCUCGCGGAGAAAUACAUGAAAAAGUGAGGAUUGCUUCUGAUUCCAUGGAAAUUCUUUGGUUUUCUGUUGCUCCUCUGAAAUCAAUCACGUUUAGAGCGUGUGAUCUGGAGGACGGCGAAGCAUGUUGGCUUCUCAGCACCUGGUACAUGGGAAACAAGGAGAAAUUCAAAACGACUGUCCAAGGCGAAGCGAAGGUUUUUUUCUUCUUUUAAAAAGGCAAUCAGUUACUCAAUUUAUUUUUUGGCUGUGGUUCAUUUGAUGGAGAAAACAUCAUUUUUACUAAAAUCUCGCUUUAAAAAUUAUUGAAAUAGUUUGAUGUUUUCGGUUUUUUCGAAAGAGAUGCUUGAAGUUAUUAGAGUUUUGUUCCAGGAUGAAAAGUCACGUCAGAUGAAAAAAAAUUUGGCACUUGCUAAUCGAAAAGAAAUAAUUUAAAACCUACAAAGUUAAAACUUCGAGCGAAUGUUAUAACUUGUAGUUGGAGCCACGUAAACAUUGUUAUGAUAUAUAAUGCUUUUGAUGAACCUCAGAUUUUUUUCAGUAUUAUUUUCCUGCGAAAAAUCCACAGGUUCAGUUUGGUUAUCUUUGUAAACAUGAGAAGUUGAAGUUGCGACCUCCAGGAACUCGAUCGGACGUCACUGGGAUCUUUGCCUCGAAAUAUGGAGAAGUCCCUGGAGUACGCCAUCCGGGCGUGCGAAUUCGACGUUCCUCAGAGCUGUGCCAACGUUUCGAGGUGGGAGAGUCCAUGUGUACCGCUCCGGGGUCUUUUUCGUUUGCAAUCUUUUGCAUUCUCUCAAAUCAUUCGUGUUUUUUUUUUACAACUUUUGCAACCGCGUCAGUUGAUUCAAAACAAAUAAACAACAUAGGUCUGCAAAAUUUCCUUGUUUUUGGUCACGUUCUCCUUCUAAUCCCUUAUCAAGGCUUUUAUCUUUUUUUUUGGAAGAAAAAACAUAUGACCACUUUUUUGAUUAGUCGAGGCCAUCUUUCAGAACUUUAUCGUCUAACAGGAAGAGGGUUCAAGAGGUUGACAAAAAAUGUAAAGUUUUUGAAGUGACAUUCAGCUCAAUUUUUUUAAAACUUUGACAGUCGGCUCCGAAAUUUUUCAAAAUUUUAUUAUUUUUUGAGAACGAAAGCUUGAAAAACUGCCUGGUUCUCGAUAACUGACACUAAGAAUAACUGACGAGAUGAACGCGAGGUCGGUGGCGGUACAUUGACGAACUCGCAAACAUCUCGCUUUUUUUUAGGCGCGAUCUCGCAUUUUUCUGGGCGCGAGCUCGCAUUCUUCUCGGCGCGACCUCGCAUUUAUCUUGCAUUUCGGAAAUUUUCAAAUUGCGAGAGAAAUGCGAGCUCGCGCCUAGAAAAGUACUAGCUCGCGCGCAGAAAAAUGCGAGACCGGCGCGAGAAAAAAAGCGAGAUGUUUGCGAGCUCGUCAAUGUACCGCCAGCGUCUCGCGUUUAUCUCGGCAGUUAUUCUUAGUGUGAAUCUUCAAUGUUUCAUUUUUUGCAUCUUCGAGAAUAGCGGCCUUCUAGAGAUAAAAUCUCCUAGGAAUGAAUUCCCCUGAUCUCUCAUUCAGAAAAUUGAACAGUCUUUUCCUUUAUUAAUUUCUGAAGUUCCAAGUAGAACGACUUUUCUUGUCAGAUGAGACAACCCAACUUUUCAGGAUGUACAAAUUGGGCGACGGAGUUCCAAAAGACUUGGAUAAAGCGAAGAAGUUUGCAGAGAGAGCUCAAGAAAUCAUGGAAUCGCUCAAGUACAAGGACACCACUGCUGGUUUUACUGCAUAG